GUUUCCAACUCCACUAUUUCUCUUUCCUCAUCCAAUAGUGCAUCCUAUAUAUAAAUAAUCCAAGUUACUCAACAACUUUGAGACUCUCUUGACAACCCAAAAAAACACCAAAAAUUAAAAGAUGUCAAGCAACUCAAUCCCACUAGAGAUUGACACUUCAUUUUCACAAUCCAAGUUGUUCUUCUUCCAAGAUCAAUCACCAACAACACUAUGGAGUAGUCAUAAUGAUCUUUUCUUGAAUGAUCCAUUUGUUGAUGAUAAUUAUGAUCCUCAAUAUUCACCACUAAUUAUACCAUGUGAUGAUCAUCAAGAAAUAGUUGUGGAAUCCUCAAACACUACUACUACAACAACAUCAAAAGCAAGUAGCCAAAAUAGUCAUCAUCAUGAUCAAGAAGAGGUAACAUCUCAAGAGAAAAAACAAGAAGAAAAACAUUAUAUUGGAGUAAGAAAAAGACCAUGGGGUAAAUAUGCAUCAGAAAUUAGGGAUUCAACUCGUAAUGGGAUUAGGGUUUGGUUAGGAACAUUCGAUACUGCUGAAGAAGCUGCUUUAGCUUAUGAUCAAGCUGCAUUAUCAAUGAGAGGUCCUUGGUCUCUUCUUAAUUUUCCAAUUGAAGAUGUCAAAAAAUCACUUGAAAAAAUUGAGUAUUCUUGUAAAGAUGGAUUAUCUCCAGCUGCUGUUCUAAAAGCUACUCAUAAAACUAGAAGAGUCAAGCACAAGAGGAGUAGUAGAAAGAAUAAUAAGAAUAAUAAAAAAUUAGAAAAUGUUCUUGUUUUUGAAGACUUGGGAGUUGAAUUAUUAGAAGAGCUUUUAAUGAAUUCAUCAUAGAAUGUUAUUAUAUUAUUGUGUCGAAAAUAUUGAGUUCAGUUUUCAUGAGAGAUAUAUUUUCUGGUGAAUUUAUAUGUUAUUGAGUUAUUCUGGCUGAAAGAGAUGGUUCGGAUAAUUUCCAAACAUGGGAAGAAAGACGAUCAAGAUCUCACGAUAUAUGAGUUUGUAAAUUUCUUUUUUGUUUUUAAUUCUGGGUUUCUCGAAGAUUUUAGAGUAUAGUUUCAAGAAGAGCUUUUGUUCGUACAUAUAAAUUUGUCUUUUUAUUUAAUUUUUAUUCACUUUCCUUGCUGUUG